GGAACUUCACACUGCAAACUUGGAGCCGCUUCACCAACAAUCUUUUCACUUAUUUUUUUUUCCUCCAUCAGUAGUGAUAAACUCUCAGAGAAGCACUUAGGAGGUUUCCUGCAAGGUUAAGCUGUGAAACAACAAGACAUUCUGGAGCACCUCCAAGUUUUUUGUUUUUUCUCCUGCAGUUUGGUUUUUCCUGCAUUCCUCUUUGUUGCAGAAACAGAUGCUGCUUCCUGCUCACGUGAGACUGAAACAUUCCCAUGGCAGUAGUGUCUUUGAGGGGCUUAUGCUGGAUGUUUGUGCGGUCCACUGACUUCUGCAGCUCUUCUUAUCUGGCUCAUUGAAUUUGAGACAGACUUCUGGGUUUGAAGUCAAACCCUCACACCUGGACAUGUCGGACCCCUACAUCUUCACCAGCGACACUCUUCCCAGUGACCGCCGCUUCCUGCCCCCGCUGGCCAACGGCCUUCUGGGAUGGAGGGUGUACAACACUAUCAUGCACAUGGGUGGCGUUUAUAACGGCGAGGGCGGACGGUGCCACCGAGCGGAUGUGCCCUGCCCUCUGGCCGUGAAGGUGGAGAUGGAGGCCCCGGCUCAGCAGAGCUACAGCCUGGACACGCACACGGGGAUCUUUGCGCACACUCUCAGCUCGGCUGGCGUCGUCGCCUCCCAGUUUCUGUAUUCCCACCGACACUACUCCAACCUGAUGGUGAUGGAGGUUCUGCUGGUGCGCCAGGGCGCUUCGGAGGAGCCGGUCAGUGUCCAACUGGUCAACUCAUUCACCCCGGUGAGCAGGGACAUUGUUUUUGAGACCGGUCCUGAUUACAGAGGAGGAAGUCAUAUCCUCGGAAAGACGAACACGGCUGAGUUCCCAGGAGGUCCCUGUCCCUCGGUGCACCUCAUCUGGACCCCGAUCCCGCUGACCCUGACGCUGCAGCCGGGGCAGCACCAGGCCCGCUGGGGCUUCAUCCUGACCGUGGCCGACAGCUUGGGCGCGGCUCAGGCCGGGUUCGACGAGGGCCUGGAUCUGAUGGCGACCGGAAGCUUGCGCUCGUCUCACGAGAAAGCCUGGAAGGAGCUGUGGCUGCAGAGCAAGGUGGAGGUGGUGGGGUCGGAGACCCUCAGCAGGGCGGUGAUCGGCUGCCUGUUCUACCUCCUCAGCGCCUUCCCGUCCAUCCAUGAAACCUCCAGGUCGUUUGGCGGAGUCAGUCCCGGCGGACUCUCGAACGGAGGGGACGGCCAGGACUACUGGGGCCACGUUUUCUGGGACCAGGACAUAUGGAUGUAUCCUGGGAUAGCCCUCUUCUACCCCAAGUUAGCCCGGACUGUGUUGGAGUACAGGGUUGGGACUAUGGAUGGGGCUAAAGACAAUGCCCAGAAGCAGGGCUAUAAGGGCCUAAAGUUCCCUUGGGAGAGUGCUGUGUCAGGGAGAGAGGUGUGUCCACAGGAUAUUUACGGCCAACAAGAGAUCCACAUCAACGGAGACGUCACGCUGGCCUUCCAGCACUACCUCUACCUGACGGAGGAUCUGUCGAUGUUCAGGGAAGCACGGGGCAGCGAGCUGAUCUACGGCGUGGCCGAUUACUGGGUUUCCAGGGUAACGUGGCACCCCGAGGACAAGACCUACCACCUCCUGGGUGUCAUGCCACCCGAUGAGUAUUACUACAACGUCAACAACUCUGUGUACACAAACACUGUGGCCAAACUCAGUCUCCAGUUUGCUGUAGAGUUGGCCGACCUCCUCCAGCAUCCUGCGCCAAAGGAAUGGUUGGAAGUGGCUGAAAACAUCAAGAUACCUUUUGACAACGCGUUGCAGUACCAUCCAGAGUAUGACGGCUAUAUCAAAGGUCAUCCGGUGAAGCAGGCGGACACGGUGAUGUUGGGUUAUCCUCUCGGCCUGCCGAUGUCCGCGGACGUCAGGAGGAACGACCUGGAAGCAUAUGAGCCGGUCACAGACCCUGACGGUCCUGCGAUGACAUGGAGCAUGUUUGCAAUCAGCUGGAUGGAGCUGGGCGAAGCGGAAAAAGCUCAGCGUCUACUUGAAAAGUGCUUCAACAACAUCCAGGGACCGUUCCAGGUAUGGAGUGAGUCAUCAGACGGGUCUGGUGCAGUCAACUUUCUCACUGGCAUGGGGGGAUUUCUGCAGGCUGUGUUGUUUGGUUACACUGGUUUCAGAGUUCAGAGGGAGUGCCUCGCGUUUUCCUCUCUUCUUCCUGAAAACAUUUCUGAGCUUUGCAUUCGUGGCGUGAACUACCUCGGCCAGCAGAUGGACUGGCUGCUCAGGAAGGAAGAAAUCUGUAUAAUUCUGAGAGAACAACCAGACGGUGUUGGCAACACGAAACCUGAAAAUCUGCAAGUCGUCCUGAAGACUUCAGGAACUAAAAUCCCCCUCACACCAGGGCAGCCAGUCACAUUUCCUCGAGAGCCCGGGUGUGUUUGCAAACUGGUGUCCACGUCUUCCUGCUGGCCUUUUUGAAACAGGAGCAACAUGCGUCUAAGUCGUUUUUAUUCGGCACACUUACAGUUAAAAUAAUCACAAAAAAACAAACAAUUUCAUGAAAUGUAAAUUGUUUUAUGUUGUGUACUUAUUUGAAGCAUUAAUAAAAUCUGUGGAAAAUAGAUCAAAGCUGACAUGAGUGAAUCUGACCCAUGAACACAGACUGGUUGCUUCCAGAUCAUGAAAAUAAGAAUGAGGAGCGAACACAAGUUUGUGUGCACAUAAUCAAGCACAUCUGAUGAACGUCUGACUGGUUGGAUUGUUAAAAAACUGAAAGGCACUUUUAUUUUACCAGGAACAAUGAUGGGGCCAGCAAAAAGUGUUUUUUAGAAGAAUUCCUUAUGAAACAAAUUAAAUGUAACUUAAAGUUACUAGUUUUCUUAUUAAAAAUACACAUAGCCAAGCUCUAAGGUCCAUUCAAUUCAGAUGUAAAUGUAUUUUAAUUGGUACUUUAUGUGAUAGACCAACAUGUGCCACAUUAUUGUGAAGUGAAAGGAAAAUAUCCAUGUUUUUCAAUUUUUUUUUUUAUGAAUUAAAACCUAAAAAUGAUGCUGAAAUCUAUCAUUAAAAGGCAGUGUGCUACAUGGUUUUGAUAAGCAACUGUUUCUUGUUAUGUCAAGUUGAUUUAUUUCUUUGCAUUUUUUUUUUUACUGACAGUAAUUCCAGUGGUGUUUUUUCAUUGUAAUGGAUGAUUUGUGAGCGUGAACUACGAAUACACCAAAAAUAAAACUGCAAAUCUGCU